AUGACCACCGCCGCCCUCCUCCAAGCCCUCAUCCAACCCACCCUAACCGCCCUCUCCCCCACCCUCUCCCUCCCCCUCACCAUCCGCAUCCGCCUCCUCCUCCUCCAACCCUCCCUCCUCAUCCUCACCCUCCUGGCCCUCCUCCCCCACACCACCUCCCACCCCACCUACAGCACCAUCUACAUCCCCACACGCAGCACGCACACCCUGCGCGCACUCGUCUUCCACCCCCCUAACCACAGCCCCAACACCAACAACCACCCAAAAACCAACCCCAAACCCCCCCUCCACAUCUCCCUCCACGCCGGCGCCUUCCUCACCGGCCUCCCAGAACUAAACACCACGCACUGCACCCGCGUAGCAACGCACACGGGCGCAACCGUCAUAGCGCCCUCCUACCGCCUCUCCCCACGCCACCCCUUCCCAGCAGCCCACCACGACGUGCUUGACGCGCUGGCCGCGCUGCCCCGCCUCCUAGGCGCGGACGUGGACGCCGGCCUCGUGACUCUGGACGGCUUCUCUGCGGGGGGAUGUCUCGCGCUUGCUGCGGCAUCAGUGGUGGACGCGCCCGCGCGCCCUGCCGCUGUGGUGGCGUUCUAUCCGCCGCUGGACCUGGUCGCGCCGCCCUGGCGCCGGGGGGAAGGGAGAGGGUCGUGGGCGCAGUGGGCGCUUUGCUGGCUGUUAGACCCGCUGAUGCGCGCGUAUGCGGCGCCGGGGGACGGGGCGGCGGCGUUGCGGCCGGGGUUGGCGAGGGCGGAGGCCUUGCCACGGGAGUUGAUGGUCGUGGUUGCGGGCGGGGAUGUGUUGGCUGCGGAGCAGGUUGCUUUUGUGGAGAGGGUGAGGGGGGAGGGGAAGGCGAAUGCGGAGGAGGGGAGACGGGUGGAGGUGCUGGUGGGCGAGGAGAGGGCGCAUGGCUGGCUUGAGGUGCCGGGGUUUUUGCUGGGGAGGGAGGGGAGGAGGGAGAGGGAUGAGGUGUUUGCGAAGGCGGUCGAGUUUGUUAAGGAGGCGCAUCGGAGGAGAGGGUGGGUGUGGGAUGGUUGA